AUGACGUUCUGGAACGCUCUAAACUUCCUAGGCUUUCUAUCAAUAGCCAUCUCAGGAAAUGCAGGAUACUCUCAGGCCAGCUUCUUUGAUUCGAUUUCUGGAUUUGCAUUCUGGUUCAGUGGCUUCUUGCUUGCGUUCUACCUGUUUCACGUCAUCGAGAAGUUCUACAAAAUACCGUGGCUGAAAAUUGAGCUGGGGUUCUGCGCACUGUGGACAGUGUUUUACCUCAUCGCCUCUACAAUGGUGGCUGGACUCACAAGCUACUCUGCAGCUCUUGGUGUUGCUGCGUUCUUCGGUUUCUGCGCCAUGGUGGUGUACGGGUAUGAUGCCUGGCUCAAGUACCAAGGUGUAAUGAGUGGACAGCUGGCUCAGGGUGAGCGCCACGUCAGCAAGACGACCAGCACAGUCACCUCUCCUGCGUACUAACCUGCUUCUGUAAGCUCACUCUUCUCUCAGUAACAAUAGUUCUGAGGGGUUCAUUUUUCUUGAAGGCAUGAUAUUUCUAAUUGUUUUUAGUAAUCAGAAUUUGGCCACAGUAAAGAAAAGUGAAUUUGUCAGCACACACGUCAUACAUAUUGUAAAACAAUUUAUAACAGGAAAAGUGUAUUAACGCUGCAUUAGUUGUGCUUGGUUUACAGCAUUGUUGGCCACACGCGGACCUAGAGACUGUGCUUAAAUCCUCUCUGGAAAACACGUGCAAAAGAUUAUUGUUGCUCAUUGAGCAUGAAAAUUUUAUUCACAAAGUGUGUUAAAAAACAGUUAUUAUUUUUUAAAUAAAAAUAAAGUAUAACUUUUUAUAAAUCUGAAAUUAUAAUAUUUUUAAAACUUAGUUGUGAUAAUUGUACAGAAAUUCGCUUUUGAUCAUAUUCACCUAUUAAUAAAGUUAAAUAAUAUAUGUGUAAUUCGUUCAAUAUUAAAAUCAAUAAAAUUCAUAUAAUGUACAAAAAUAUAUGCCUCUGAAAAAGAGCCCAACACAAAUAAAACCCGUCCACUGGCUUCAUGACUUAUUAAAACACAAAAAACACAAUUUUCACUAUUUAUAGUAGGAAAAUGGAGCAAACAUUUCACUACCGUUGGAAUCACUGACCAUGCACUUCUAACACAGGGUUAAAGUUGCAAUUAAUGUCAUGAUUAGUUGUUUUAGUAAUAAAUUAUUGUUCUUUCUAUACUCGUACUACGAUGAAACGAUUUUGUUCUGUUGCCUAAUUAAGUUAGGUAAAUUUAUGUUGAUUUCUACACAAGUAGUCCAAGAUUUAUAUUUUUUGUAAUAGGGUAGGUUUUGUGUGCAAAACAUCACUUUAUAAAACUGUAAUACAACGUUGAUUUAAACACAAUAAUAUUAUUAACUUGUUUAAUUAAGUUUUUUCUAGUAAUGACUUUUGUCACAGUGUUCCCACCAUUGUUAAAAUGUUAACUUUUAAAUUGUUGUCGGAAGUUAGGAAAUACUGCCAAACUGUUCACAAAAUGUGUGUUAAUUUGUUAAAUUGUGUAUAAUUUAUUUGUUACAAUCCAUUGUCCAUUCUGCAUUAGUUAUCAGUGAAUGGAAUUGCUUUGUAUGGAGUACUCAGAAUACAAAACACAAAGGGGAGUAUUGAAAGCCAUUUAAUGCAUUUAUUACAAAGCUUUACAACUGAAUGAAAAUAACUUGCUAAUAAACCGUGUAGUUGAUAUACUUUGUAAUUAUAAUGAGCUUUAUAUUUAUUUUAAGUUACCAUGCUUGUUAAAAAACCUAGUUGCUUGUUUUCUACUAAAAGAAACAUAGGCUAUAUUCUGCAGGUCUGUAAACUUGUUUAUUUAUAGAAUUAAUAGUUAUAAGAUGCAGUUAACUUAAUUGCUUGUAAUAUUUUGGCAUUGAAAGUGAAAUGUAUGUAUUGUAAUUUGAAUAUAUUUUAUUGUAAAUGUUUAUAAUACAGUAACAGGUUUAAUUGAAAUGUUGAAUAAAUUCUUGUAUUUCUGUAGUAUUUAUUUAUGUGUAUAUUAUGUUCAAUCAUUUUAUUGAUUCUAAAUACUUAUUCACUUUGUCAAGUAAAUGACAAAUUAGUUCAUUUAAAUUUUCCAAAAUAACUAUUAUGAAUAAAAUAUCAGUAUCAGUCUCUAUUUUUAUAAUAUUUUACUACACUUUAUAACAUAUUGAAGUGAUGUGUUAAUAAUUAAAUUUCUUAAUGUCUUACUUUAUUUAACGAUUUUUUAUCGGUUUCAUAAAAAUUUUAACUGGCUUUUCUGUAUAUUAACAUUUAACUGUAAAUGCUUAAAAAUUAAUUUUAUCUGUGGACAUAUAAGUGAUAAGUGUGAUACAAAAUGUAUCUUACAUUGAAAGUAAGACAUAAGAAAGUUGGGAAUGGAUUGGACUGUAUGAUAAAUGAAUCUUUUGUGUCAACUUAAAAAUUACAGAUAAUGUACAGAGCUGUUUAUCUACAUAUUAAACUAACAAAGCUAAUAUUAUAUAUUCUUCAUCAAGAAUGUAUUUUUUAUUCAAAAAAUAUUUUCAGUAUACACGUUUUCAAGAACUUAAAUGUUGUCUGAUGUAUACUUAAAGAAGUACCAGGAUUUAUUCAAUAGUGUAAUAUUAUAAAAGACAUCAUGUGUAACAUCGAUGCUUAUUUACAUAGUAACUAUUUAAACUGUAUAAAAUAUUUGUAUAUUGUUUUCUUGUAUAAUAAUGUUGUAUUAGGUUCUAACAAGUUAUCUUGUAAUUAUUUUCUAUUACGUUAUUUUUCUUUUCUCAUUUUGUUUUCUGCGAUCUUGACAUUAUUGAUACACACUGUUGUGUAAGAUCUGAUUUAUUAUAAUUAUCUAAAGUGCUUUUUUUACAAUUCAUUACGAUUUUAGAUAGUUCAAAUAUAGCCUUAAAACAAUUAUGAAUAGUUUGUUAGUACUUUAUUUCCUUUUUUUUAUUGUUCUAGUUUAAUGUGUUAGGUUCAGUUUUUUAUUUUGAGGAGAAUAUAAUUUUGUAUCAUGGGCAGCUUUGGUAUUAUUUUAGAGUGUCAUAUGUUUAUGUAUUUUGUCACAGUGGAUUACCAAUUUAGCCAGAAGACAUGUAUAAGUUAAAGAAUAUCGAUAAUUAAUGUAAGUUAAACAUCGUGUAAGUUUUGGAGAAACCAUGACCAAUUCUAAAGUUACACUGUAGCAAAAAGAUUACAUUGAGGUACAUUAGAGUAAUGAUAUUACCACAAACCACAUUAUUCAUUAUUCAUUAUUGGUAUUGUUAGAGUAGUGAAUGAUAUUUAACCACUUUGUGACUGUGACAUUUAGUUGGUUAUAUAUUUUACCAUUAUAUUUGUUGUGUUAUAUAAAAUGUUAUUGUAUUCAAUUUUUGAUAAACCUGA